GGAGGACACGCCCGACCUAAGUCUGGGACUGCUCCUUCUCCGGAGUCAGGCCCGCCUUCUCGACUGCAGCCCACGCUGCGGGCAGAAGGUGAGCCCUCCCAGCAGCCGCCCUUCGCCGGUGCCCGAGCCCACGGCGGGCCGGGGGGCGGCCAAGGCACGCUCUUCGCGCCCGGUCGCCGACGACGCAGCAAGCCAAGGAGCCCCCACCCGGAGCACAUGUAGGUUCAAGCAUGUACGGCUAUUGUGCGCCGCAGCCGCUCUGCUAUGCGCCCAUCUGCGAGGAAGAUGCACGGUGGGGCGGGGGAGGCGGGUGGCCAGGCGCGGGCGGGUUCGCUCACGGGGAGAUGAUGCCCACGCCGCGGCACGGCAGCGUGGGCACGCCGCGGCCGCUCCCGCGCGUGCAGUCCUUCCAGCACGGCGGUCCCCUCCAGCAGGUGCCGCUGUCCGCGCGGGCCAGCUCGUUCCACUCUGGACAGGCGGCGAUGUCGUCGCUGGGCGGCCUUGGGCGGUCCGCGUCCUUCGCCGCGGGGCAGGCGAUGCCGCAGGGCAUGCAGCCGUCGUUCCAGCCGCACGGCGCGUUCGGCUUCGGGAGGUCCCCGGAAGUCUCCGAGGAGCCCCCGCGCUCGGUCCUGGGGACAAUAUGCAUGUGUACCUUGGCCGCCGUGGGGUGCGCCGUGGGCUUGGCCGCAGUGGCCGUGGUCUCGGGCCUGCUGUGGCAUCAUUUCGUCCGGGCGAAGCCACAGGGGCCUCUCAAGGAUGGGCCGGUGGUUGCGACUCUCGGGAACGGGCCGAUGGGUGCGACGCCAUGCGUUGUGGCGGAUGCCAUGAGCACCGACGACUACAGCUUCCGCGAGGGCCUCAGCCAGGCCGCUGACCAGUGCUACGCGCGGCGGCGGACAUCAACGCCAUGCCGUCGCCCACCGGCCGCAGAGUCCUCGCCCACACCGCUCUGUGGCCCGCGCCCGACACCGACAAGGCGGUGUUCGCGAAGAUGGUGGAGAAGGUCCGGGUCAUGGUCAUGUCCUUCCUCGCGACUCAACGCGAGGACGCGGAGCUCAGGUUCUGGGUGCGCACCUCUGGGGAGGUCGGCCCCAUGAGAGACGCACUGAGGCUGGCCGGCGUCAGCGGCGAGCAGCAAGUAGUGUUCAGGGCGUUCGAAGCCAUAGACAUAGUCAAGCCAGGCUCGGCUGAGCGCAUCGACGUUGGCUGGGUCCUCAACGUCCAACAGGCAAGCCGCCUCCCGCGGGCCCUGGACGUGGCCAGAUACAUGAUGCUCGACGCAUACGGGGGUAUCUGGCUGGACGCGGACACCGUGGUGCUGCGAGAGUUGUCGCCCCUGGUCGGCCUCGCGUUCGGGUACACGACCGACUGGAACGAUCAGAGCAAUUUCUGGCAGAAAAUGGGCGUCACUCCAGCGCCCUGGCUGCACGGCCAGUUCGUCAACAACGCGGUGAUCGGAGUCGAGAGGGAAGGUUCAUGCCUCACGCAGGAGCUCCUUGCCCGCGUGGCGGAGAAGCAGCAGACGUUCGGCAGCUACUUCGAAUUCGGUCCCUUCUUGUUCAUGAACAUGACAGAGAAUAGCUUCCAUCCGGUGCCUGGCUGUUUCUUCGAGCCUGCGAGCGCUUCGGAAGGGCUCGACCCAGCUUUGUUGGCGCCACCCGUUGAAGAGCUCUUCGAGGAGACCGCGCAGAGCGCUCAGCAUGCCUCUAUGCUCCAGUCGGGAAUGGCCUCCUUCACUUACCAUUGGCACAAUCGCUGGGACGAGGAUUUCGCCCCUGGCUCGGCAUUUGCGAUACUAGCGAACGAUCUGAAUCAACGGCUCAGGUAAGUAAUUAGGUGGCUGGGCACGGCUUCUGUUUGCAUGGGCACGACGUCUGUUUGCAGGCGAGCGUCGGCCGAAGGGCCAGUGCAUCAUUUUGUCGUAGUCUUGGCAUUGGAGAGACCCUCCAGGUGCUACAUCGAGGGUAGUCAUGUUUGCUGUGUGUUCCUGUUGAGACAAUCGGUCAAGCUGCUGGACGACCUAUGCCAAUCAGGCGUGCUGGUUUGUCCUUCCUUUCUCUCACCCCCGCCUCCACCCCAGACGCAAAAUCAAGAUUUGUUGUGCUGCAAGUAUUCCUCCAAGUGUCCAAACGAGCAGCCCGAAGUAGGCUGAAUGCGGCAAUAACUGCAGGCGGCGCUGGUCGAGCCAGCUCCCUUCACUUCCGAGCUCUCAAAGCAAGUAGCAUCGAUUGUUCUAGCGUAACCGAAAAGCUCGGGAAGAUGUGCACGGUCGCCUUCACAUCCCGUGUUCAGACUGGUUUGCAAAUGUAAUAGUCAAAGCGGCCAUGGGACGAAGUGGCUGGCCUGUCUGAAGCGCGAGGCAAGAGGCGAGUACCGAAAAAUGAUCAGGAAUUUCAUUCCAAGGCACAUUUGAGGUCGACGCUGACCCGAAAGUUUGUCCCACCUGUGCUGCUUUCUGAGCCCGCACGGGCGAGACGUCCGCUCCUUCUCCUCUCCCUGGCCUUCCACCUCCCCCGUUCUUCUCCGCCUUCCCCCUCCCCUUCGUCUGCCC